CUGUGCAUAGUGUAAUGCUUAUAGCUCCAAUCGCAUAGUUUCAGUCGCUAUAGAAUUUUAUGAAACCGCUGUAUAUUUGAUGUUGUCUUAGCUGUGCACAGCAAUGAUGUACAAUAUAAACAGGAUAAAUUCAAAGAUGAAGGAUGAGACUAGGCACAAUGAAAAAAAGAAAAUGAAGAAUACCUGCCUAUGGAUUAGCAAUAACAUAAUUGCCUUGCUUCAAAAUAGCAUUGAAGAACCUAGUUCCAAGAAGGGAAACAAAUGCGGUAUCGGCCCAUACGUGACGUUUGUCAUGCGCAGUAGUAUAGGCCUGUCAUACACGGUGACCAGCAAAUCAGAUAGGUUAAAAGGGAAAUGACAGAGGCUUCAGUCACUGUCAUCAGCAAUGCACGUGUUGACUAUCGUUGUCACCUGAAACAACAAGAUGCCAAUGGCACUCAACACCCAAAGCCACGAACUGCUGCUACAAAAAAGACAAUGUUUCGAAACGUGUGAUUCGGAUUCAUGCGAUGCGCUGAAAGAACCGGUAUUGACUGCAGUUUCAGAUUAUUCCAAUUUGAAAGCAGAGGAGGCAAGGUAUUGCAAGACAUCGAUAAAAAAGAAAACAAGCCAAAAUAAUUAUUCGGACGAAAUUGCUUGUAAAGGUAAAAAGCGAAGUCAGACGAUGGCUCUAAAAUCUUGCGACAAAUAUCAAGAAAACACGAAGUUUGAAGAAACUAGCGAGGAAGAAACAACCGACAAAUUAAAGGAUGUCGUGAAGAAAGAAGACGUCUCUGAUUACUGGACAUUUGAACCAGCCCAUGAAAAUGUUCGGAAUUGGGAGUCAACAUUCAGAGUUUUAUUGAAAGAAAUUAAUCAGUGUCCAAACUUGGACAUCGUGAUCUCUGAUGAUAAACGGAUGGUAGUGGCGCUCGUUACUUCAACAGGUGCGACAAUAAAAUUCGGCCGCGUUGAGUUAACAAUUCCUGAGGGAGCAUUGAAAGAGAAGACGUUUGUGUUUAUAUACAUGUUAGAAUUCACAGAAACCCCUGGAAGUAUCCCACUGUGUCCUGAAGUCAUGUGCGGACCACCAGGCCUUCAGUUCGAAACCUACGUAACACUCACCGUAGAACUAUUCCGUAACCUACCGGUAUCAACCAGGUCACUAUCCACAAAGGCGCUUAUGUUAUGUAAGCAAGAACCUAGUGACUGGAAGACGAUAUCUGAAGCUGAUGGAAGCUCAUUUAUCAAAAACAACCGGUCAUAUACUUUGACCGACCACUUUACCAGAUUUAAAACAGUGCUGGAGGAAACGAAUUCAGACGGCACAGGACGUAAAAUAAAGCGCUUGAUAGAGAUAAGCCUAAGCGAAAGAAAUGUCCACGGGGAAAAAGAGAUCCUGGUAGAAUUCCGGAAGAAUUUCCAGUAUUGUCAACAAAUUGAUUCAGUCCAGUACGGUUACUGUGAUGAAUCUAGCACCAUAAAAAUCGAAGUUGGGGAUCAUCAGGAGGUGACAUUUCCUCACUUUGCUGAAAACCUUCUUAACAUAAACAACAAUUUUUCCGCCGUCAGUUACUCUGCUCCAUUUAAGGAAAUUCCUAUUUUUUGCAAUUUUUACUUGGAUGAAUCCAAAUUCCAAAUGACUCCACAAAAUAGCGAAUUGGAUACGAAUCAGCUUUAUAAGCCUACUAUUAAGAAGCCUCAAACAAACGUGAACAACAUCUGUUUGAAAGAACUCUGUUCCAAAAUUGAUAUGGAAAUGAAUCGUGAAUUUGAAGUGUUUCUCUUGGAAAAUGUAAACGAAAACGAAAAGAAAAUGCCUAGAAACAUUGAGCUCACUGUGAGAAGGUUUCUAUCUGAGAAUGAUGAAAAUUUACAAAAGUUACAAGCCAAGCUACGUGAGUGUGGAAUGGAUGGAGCAGCCGACGCAGUGAAUGCAAUUCCCGUCAAUCCUGCUCGUCGACCUCUUCCCUCAACCUCAACUGAUGAUAUUCAAUCACUAAAUUCAUUAGCAUCUGGAAAUAUUUUUUCUAAUCAAGGAGUGGUAGACUCAAAUUCCGGCUGUGGUCCUUUAGCACUUUCAUAUGGAGUCAACAGAGCCGACGACAAGGGGAAAUGUAGGCCGGAAGAGCGUGAACAACCUGGAAAUGAUGAAGAAGCAAAUCGAAAAAAGAGUGAACAGGAUGGCAAUCCCGAGCCGACUUAUGAAAACGUCAAGCCUGUUCAUAGGCAAAGUGAAUUACAAACAAAGAAGGAACCUACUUAUGUAACGCGAGACAAGAAAAACUAGACUGUAUACCAUGGAUAUAACUCCAUUGGUGUGUAGACCAACCUUCAACACUGUUCAGUGUAUAAUUUACCUAUAAAGAGUACGGUAGUUAUCUUUCAAAUGUAAUGUAUUCCGAGAAGACAACUGUGCAGUGGUCCUAAGAAUAGGCUUACUCCUCCGGCUUGAAUUAUUUCUGAAAUAAACAAUUUAACAGUAGUCAGGGGUGGAUCCAGCAUUUGUCCGACGGGAGGUCCAAUGUCCCCGACCGAGGGGGGGGGGGGGGGGAGGACGAUGUCCCCGACGAGAACUUAAGUAGGCGGUAGUAGUUUCGGAGUAGUCCACGCAAUACCCCAGAAACUAAGAAAAUGUUAACAUUCGACUACUAAUAGGGGGACUAUGUAAAAAUUAAAUAUCGCCAUUUUCCCCCGACGAAUUACGUUUUUCUCCCCGACGGGGUGGAGGGGGAAGUUCUUUCCACACUGCCACUGCCCCUGCUAGAUUCAAGGAUCCGCGAAGUAAGAAAUUUGGUUAAAUCAGGUUACCAUAUCAGAAUGCUACAUGUCCGAUACUGGCAAACGUUCUUGUUCUUUUUCCGCUCAACAUUUGCGAACCCUCUUCCACCUAAGCUUCGACUAACUAAUGUUCAAUACUGAUGCUUUCAAGACGCGGUCUUCAAUA